GGGUGGCGCCUGCGUAGACUGCCAUAGCUGUCGCCGCGGUGAGAGGUGGGGACGCGAUGGCCGGGCCCGCGUGGAUCUCCAAGGUCUCUCGGCUGCUGGGGGUGUUCCACAACCCAAAACAGGUGACCAGAGGUUUUGCUGGUGGUGUACAGACAGUAACUUUAAUUCCAGGAGAUGGUAUUGGCCCAGAAAUUUCAGCUGCAGUUAUGAAGAUUUUUGAUGCUGCCAAAGCGCCGAUUCAGUGGGAAGAGCGGAAUGUCACGGCCAUUCAAGGACCCGGAGGAAAGUGGAUGAUCCCUUCAGAAGCCAAAGAGUCCAUGGAUAAGAACAAGAUGGGCUUGAAAGGCCCUUUAAAGACCCCAAUAGCAGCUGGUCACCCAUCUAUGAAUUUAUUGCUGCGUAAAACAUUUGACCUUUAUGCAAAUGUCCGACCAUGUGUCUCAAUUGAAGGCUAUAAAACCCCUUACACCGAUGUAAAUAUUGUCACCAUUCGAGAGAACACGGAAGGAGAAUAUAGUGGAAUUGAGCAUGUGAUCGUCGAUGGAGUUGUGCAGAGUAUCAAGCUCAUCACGGAGGCAGCGAGCAAGCGUAUCGCCGAGUUUGCCUUUGAGUACGCCCGGAACAACCACAGGAGCAACGUCACGGCUGUGCACAAAGCCAACAUCAUGCGGAUGUCAGAUGGGCUUUUUCUGCAAAAGUGCAGGGAAGUUGCAGAAAACUGUAAAGAUAUUAAAUUUAAUGAGAUGUACCUUGAUACAGUAUGUUUGAAUAUGGUACAAGAUCCUUCCCAAUUUGAUGUUCUUGUUAUGCCAAAUUUGUAUGGAGACAUCCUUAGUGACCUGUGUGCAGGAUUGAUUGGUGGUCUUGGUGUGACUCCAAGUGGCAACAUUGGAGCCAAUGGGGUUGCGAUCUUCGAAUCGGUUCAUGGCACUGCCCCGGACAUUGCGGGCAAGGACAUGGCCAAUCCCACAGCCCUCCUGCUCAGCGCAGUGAUGAUGCUGCGCCACAUGGGGCUGUUUGACCAUGCUGCACGCAUCGAGACCGCCUGCUUCGCUACGAUUAAGGAUGGAAAGAGCUUAACAAAAGAUUUGGGAGGCAAUGCAAAAUGCUCGGACUUCACAGAAGAAAUCUGUCGCCGAGUAAAGGAUUUAGACUAAUGCUUCUGCAAAUGGUAUUCGCAGCAGUCACUCCAAAUGGACACCACAUAGACCUCUGUAUAGGGUACCUGCCAUUACAUAUGCAUUUGGUUUGCUUGUUUCUUGACAGAGUACAUUUUUAGAUCUAGCCUUUUCUUAAGAAAAUCUGAGCAAAGGAUGCAAGCGAUGUCUAUAGGCCUGUUUCCAAAGGACUUUUUCCAAGUGCUGUUUUAUUUAUUAAAUGUGUAUCUGGUAAACAUUUUUACUCCAAGUGGACUGUAUCGUUUGCCAUUCUUAACCAUUUUACACUUCAGUUAAAAUAGUUUUUUUUCAGCUGUAAAUAUCAUGAUACAGAAUUAGUAAGAAAAAAUAUCUAACUUUUUAAAGAAAAACCCUAUUUUCCUUGGUUUAUGAAUAAAAUAGGAUAUUGACGUGAUAGUACAAGAUGAUAUUCUUAUAAAACUAAACAUGAUAGUACAAGAUGAUAUUCUUAUAAAACUAAAUAGGCACAAAAGAAGUUUCUUGGGAAAGUGCAAAGCAAAAACAAUGAAUGUGGUACAUUUCUUAGUGAUAUGGAAAAGAGAGACAGAUUUGUCCUCUACAUGAAUUACUGAGUGUGAAUAAAAACUUCAGAUCCAAGAAA